AUGCCAAGUGACACUCAUACGAGCGGCUAUGUGCUCGCCAUUUCAAGUAUCAUCGAUGCGCUCAUUAAUGCAUAUCAUUGUAAGGAACCUGUAAAUAUGACGCGUUUAAAAAAGGACGUUGCGAAACAAUUUCGUCUACCGUCGACGCCCAAGCUCGUGGAUAUAAUUUCUGCUGUACCCGAAGAUUACAAGGACAAAUUGCUACCAUAUCUAAAAGCAAAACCCGUACGCACAGCAUCGGGCAUUGCUGUCGUUGCCGUGAUGUGCAAGCCUCAUCGAUGUCCACAUAUUGCGAUGACUGGUAAUAUAUGUGUCUACUGUCCUGGAGGUCCCGACUCGGACUUUGAGUACUCAACUCAAUCAUACACAGGUUAUGAACCCACUAGUAUGCGAGCGAUCCGUGCUCGCUAUGAUCCUGCUCUGCAGACACGACAGCGUGUUGCUCAGUUAAAAAGAUUAGGACAUUCAGUCGAUAAAGUGGAAUUUAUCGUCAUGGGAGGAACCUUUUUGUCACUAGACGCAAAAUAUCGUGAUUUCUUUAUUCGAAGCUUACACGAUGCUUUGUCUGGACACUCGUCAUCGAGUGUGGAUGAAGCUGUGCGAUACUCUGAACAAAGCUUCACGAAAUGUACUGCAAUAACGAUCGAGACGAGACCUGACUAUUGUCUUAAACCACACUUGCAUGACAUGUUACGCUAUGGCUGCACACGCAUUGAAAUUGGUGUGCAAAGUGUGUAUGAAGAUGUAGCACGCGAUACAAAUCGAGGUCACACAGUUGCUGCUGUCUCGCACUGUUUUCAAUUAGCUAAAGAUUGUGGGUUUAAAAUUGUGGCUCAUUUGAUGCCAGAUCUGCCCAAUAUGGGGAUGGAGCGGGAUCUUGCAGGUUUUCGCGAGUUUUUUGAAAACCCGCGCUUUCGCAGUGAUGGCAUUAAAUUGUAUCCAACGCUUGUGAUUCGUGGAACAGGACUUUACGAGCUUUGGAAGACGGGUGUUUACAAAAACUACUCACCUGAAGAUCUUGUAGAUCUUAUGGCUCGUUUGCUCGCGCUUGUACCACCGUGGACUCGAGUAUAUCGCGUUCAGCGAGAUAUCCCUAUGCCGCUUGUAACGUCGGGUGUUGAACAUGGUAAUUUGAGAGAAUUAGCGUUAGCACGAAUGCGCGAUCUUGGACUUGUUUGUAAUGAUGUGCGUACACGCGAGGUUGGCAUUAAGAAUAUACACGACCAAAGUGUACCAGAUCAAGUGGAGCUAGUGCGUCGUGAUUACGUGGCUAACGGCGGAUGGGAAACGUUUCUUUCUUACGAAGACCCUCAGCAGAAUAUUCUGAUUGGUUUGCUACGUCUUCGACAAGCUAGUGUCGCGUCAUUCCGUGACGAGAUUGCUCCGGGGUGCUCAAUUGUUCGUGAGCUGCACGUAUACGGUUCGUCAGUUCCUCUUCAUGCUCGAGACCCGACCAAGUUUCAGCAUCAAGGUUUUGGAACGUUGUUGAUGGAAGAAGCAGAGCGUAUUGCAUUUGAAGAGCACGGGUCGCACAAACUUGUUGUAAUAGCUGGAGUUGGCACCCGUAACUAUUAUCGCAAGCUGGGUUACGGGAUUGAUGGUCCUUACAUGUCCAAAUAUUUAUAA